AUCUUUGUCAGCUAGUAAGCAACAUUCUUCCAACUUGGAUAAUUAUGAAGAAGAACAGCAAAGAAAUGUAAAGAAGAUUCGGAGUUAUCCUUCACCAUCAUCUUUUGCACUUCUCAGUAAUCUUAUUGGUUACCAGAUUAAGGACAAGCAGUUACUUAUUCACCGCCCUCCAGAAUGUGUUGGUCCACCAGUACAAGUUUAUCACAAUGUUUUCAGUCAGUUCCUGCAUGAUUACCAUAAUGAAGAUCUAAAGAUGAGGAGAGAACAUUAUCAAUGGACCCUUGAUAUUAUUCAUGGUAUGGCAGAAUUAUACCACAGUGAAAGUGAUCGUUCCAAAGUGUUUAGAGAAAAAAUUCGUGAAUUAUUUGGUGAAGAGUUAAGGAUAAUUCAUCUAGAAGACAAUUCUUCAAAUGAUGGAGUACUGGAAUCUAAUGUCUUUUCAAGAAGUGUUUUACACUGCUUUGUUGAGAUUAAAAAUGAAAUUGGCACUGGUAGCUGUGAUCUGACUGUCCAGGCUGGAGCUUCUUUUGCAAAAUAUUAUACCCAACAGACAAAUAGGGCAGUAUACAUUGAGAAACCCAUUAUAGAUCCCUUGACCGACUUCAUACCUCUCAUACCUACAAACAAUCAAGCCCAUGCAGAACAUCAAGAUACAAUCAUAGAGUUUACAUAUGAAGGAAAACUUGUUGAUGACAAGCUUCUUUGGAAAGCCAUAACAAGAGAUGGGUGGAAAAUCAUUGUUAAAUUUGCAUCACAGUAUAAUCAGAAGGCACAUGAACUGUGUAGUGAAAUUGGCAAAGCACCAAAAUUGCUCUAUGUUAACAAAGAGAUAGUGGAUGGUUUUUACAUGGUUGUGAUGGAUUUUGUUGAGGCUGAGCCACUUUAUAACUGCAGCUCACUUAGUCAUGAUGAAUACAAGGCGAUUUUAAUGGACAUUGAAGAAGCUAUUGACAAAUUGCAUACAGAAAAUAUUGUUUUUGCUGAUCUCCAUGAUUCCAACAUUUUAGUUAGCAAAUCUCAAGGUCAGUAUCAAGGAAUGUUAAUAGAUUUCGAUUGGGCGGGUAAAGAAGAAAUUGAUUGCUAUCCAUCUUUCAUGAACCAUCGACAUAUUAAUUGGCCACCAGGGGCUGAAGAUCAGAAGAAACUGAGUCGUGAACAUGAUAUUUAUUGGUUAGAGUCAUUGAAAUCUAGAUACUUGGGUCAAAUGAUAAGUUAG